AUGGCUACUAGCCCGGUAUCCGCAAACAUGAUCAGGCGAACCAUUUUCGGCAAUCGGUUCGCCGCGCAGAUUUCCAGCGUUGCCGACUGCUCCCCGCGGACAAUUAGACCCCUUACCAUGGGAUCUUUCAGAAGCAUUCAUCGUUCAGCCCGGUUACCCGCUAUCACUGCAUCGGAGACUCGACAUCGGCCGACACUACGACCUCAUCACCUCUCAGCGGGUCAGACGGGACAAUCGCCGGUUAACAAACGGACAAUCUUCAUCCAGACGGAAUCGACCCCCAACCCUGAUGCCUUGAAAUUCAUCCCCAAUCACAGAGUGCUACCCGAGGAGUUCCCAACUUCGUUCCUCGAGUACCUUUCCCCGCGCUCAACCCUAGCUCCUCCCCACCCGUCCUCAUUAGCCGCAAACCUCUUCAACGUCGACGGCGUGCAAUCCAUUUUCUACGGACCGGAGUUCAUCACAGUGACAAAAGCCAGCGACGCAAACUGGGCGCACAUCAAGCCGGAGGUUUUUAGUCUGAUCACUCAAGCCGUAACAUCGGGCGAAGCAAUCGUCAAUACCGUGGCGAAGAGCGGAGAGAACGCGCAAAAGGGCGGCGAGGAGGACUCUCUUAGCUACAAUGAAGAGGACGACGAGGUGGUGAGCAUGAUCAAGGAACUGUUGGAAACGAGAAUCCGACCCGCCAUCCAAGAAGAUGGGGGAGACAUUGAGUUUAGAGGGUUUGAGAAUGGAAUCGUCAUGCUGAAGCUGCGGGGAGCUUGCCGCACGUGCGACUCGAGCACGGUUACGCUGCGGAAUGGUAUUGAGUCUAUGCUCAUGCAUUAUAUUGAAGAAGUCCAGGGUGUUGAACAAGCCACUGAUCCGGAGGAAGAGGUCUCGAUGCUCGAGUUUGCCAAGUUUGAGGAGAAGCUGCGACAGCAAAAGGGUGCAUCGGCCACUGCUUCUGCGCCGCUUGAUACCGCAUCUUGA